UUUUAAUUACAAAAAAUUAAAAAUAAAAUAACAAGGUGCUUGUGGUGAUUCCUGGAACAGUGUCCUCUGUGCGAAUGUGAAAAACAAGGAAGGAUUUCAAAAACUAAAGAGGAAAGGAAGAUCACAAUGUUCAAUGUUAUAGGUUUUUCGUUGUUGACAAUGGAUUCGGUUGCUUACAGGGGAUUGCUCUACACAAUCUUCAUACUCAAUUUCGUUUUGGUCUGCCAACUCAUUCUCCUUCACCCUCUCGCUUCGGAUGGAAAUCCUGAGAAUGCUGCUGAGUUGUUUGAGCGGGUAUCGCAAAGCGUAAAAGUGAAACACUAUACUGAGGCACUUGAUGAUCUAAAUGCUGCAAUAGAAGCAGACCCAAACCUUUCAAAAGCAUACCUUUUCAGAGCCUCAGUUCUUCGUCAGAUAUGCAGAUAUGAGCAAUCCGAGAGGAGCUACAAACAGUUUCUGGAGUUGAAGCCUGGAGAUUCAGCUGCAGAAAAGGAGCUCUCUCAACUAUUGCAGGCUCAAAGUGCCCUAGAAACAGCUCAGUCCCUCUAUGAUUUGGGCAACUUCUCAAAAUCCUUGGAAUUUAUUGAUAAAGUUGUUCUUGUUUUCUCUCCAGAUUGCACUAAGGCUAAGCUUCUUAAAGUGAAGCUGUUAAUAGCUGAUAAAGACUAUGAGGGUGCCAUUGCUGAGUCAGGGUUUCUUCUCAAGGAAGAUGAAAAUAAUUUAGAGGCAUUGUUGUUACGUGGCCGUGCAUAUUACUAUUUAGCUGAUCAUGAUGUUGCCACGAGGCAUUUUCAAAAAGGUCUUCGCUCAGAUCCCGAGCACAGUGAACUGAAAAAAGCAUAUUUUCGAUUGAAAAAUCUACUAAAGAAGAGUAAAAGUGCUGAAGAUAAUGCGAGUAAGGGUAAACUACGUGUGGCAGUGGAAGAAUUCAAAGUUGCUCUUGCUGUAGACCCUGACCAUCUUGCGCACAAUGUACAUCUUCAUCUUGGCUUAUGUAAAGUGCUAGUCAAGCUUGGCAGAGGAAAAGAUGCCUUGGAAAGUUGUAGUGAAGCUCUUAAGAUCAAUGAGGAACUUGUUGAAGCUCUUGUUCAGAGAGGAGAAGCUAAGCUCUUAAUAGAGGAUUGGGAGGGAGCUGUGGAUGAUAUGAGAUCAGCUGCUCAAAAAUCUCCUCAGGAUAUGAGUAUCCGUGAAGCAGUAAUGAGGGCGGAGAAAGCUUUAAAGAUAAGCAAACGUAAGGAUCACUACAAGACUUUGGGAAUUUCUAAAACUGCUUCUGCUGCUGAUAUAAAACGUGCCUACAAGAAACUUGCCUUACAAUGGCACCCAGAUAAGAACGUGGACAAAAGAGAAGAAGCAGAAGCUAAAUUCCGAGAAAUUGCUGCUGCAUAUGAGGUUCUGAGCGAUGAAGACAAACGUGUGAGAUAUGACAGGGGGGAGGACCUUGAAGAGACGGGAAUGGGCGGCGGCGGUGGUUUCAACCCUUUUGGUGGUGGGGGCCAGCAGUUUACCUUUAAUUUUGAGGGGGGCUUCCCUGGUGGUGGAUUUGGAGGGGGCUUUCCUGGAGGGUUUGAAUUUCACUUCUGAUUGGAAAAGCCACACCCCAUAUUUUUUAUAUUCUGAAGGGACCACAGCAAUUUUAUUUCACUAAUCCCUUUCUAACAGUUGUUGAGAUCAAUACGUAGGCCAUCCCCAGUUACUUGUAAGAUAUGAAACAUGCUUUGGAGAAAUUUUUGCUUUAUGCAGAAGUGUUGGGUUUGGGGUUGCAUGUUAGUUGAGGAGUCAUCAUGGAAUUGCUUCCAAGUUAACACCUUCGCAGUUUUGAGCUACUACUUGAGAUCUAUUUAAUUGCGAACUUCCAGUUAUCUAGUAAAAUUUAAAAUUGAUA